GCCGCAGACGUUGGUUGCCAGUUAUCAUAUAUACUGAUUAGGCUUAGCUGCUAUGGCGCUGAAAAUGGUUCAAAUGUUUUGAAUUUGCUAACUUUUCCGUCCUAAAUGAUAAUUAUUCGUACGCUGUUAAUGUCGAAACGUCUUUAAUCUCCAAUAAUACAUGUUUGGAAUUGUAAAUGCCACCUGAAAAUUCUGCCAUGUCCCUUGUGGACUUAGGCAAACGUCUUCUUGAAUCAGCUAGGCUUGGAGAGACAGAAGAAGUAAGACAAUUAAUGACGAAUGGUGCUCCUUUUACAACAGAUUGGUUGGGAACGUCGCCUUUGCAUAUGGCAGCUCAGUAUGGCCAUCUAGCAACAGCUGAAGUACUGUUGAGAGCAGGAAUCAGCAGGGACGCUAGAACAAAAGUUGAUCGUACUCCUCUUCAUGUUGCUGGACAAGAAGGACAUGUUGAAAUUGUUGAGUUACUUUUACGACAUGGUGCUGAUAUUGAAGCAAAAGACAUGUUAAAAAUGACACCCCUUCAUUGGGCUGUGGAACGUGGCAAUAUAUCCGUCAUUCAUAGUCUUUUACGGCAUGGUGCUGAUGUAAACAUUUCUAACAAAUUUGACAAAACUCCUAUUGACAUUGCCAUAGAUAAUAACAGAAAUGAUUUGAUACAGCUUUUACAGGAAUAUGUAAAUAACAAGCCUAAAAUAAAAGAAGAAAUCAAACCAAGUUGUGCGGGAACAACUAAAACUUUUUCGAAUAAUGAUGUAAAAGUACCAAUAGCUAAACUGACCAACACAACAAAUAUUCCUAGUAGUCAGAGUGGUAUAUCAUUUACAUCUUCACCCAUGUGUUCUUUAGGAAAGAGCAAUAGGCCCAUCUUUCUUCAUGCUAAUCUUGCUCACAUACAGAAAGCUGCUGUUGCUGCAGCCGCAGCUUCUGCUAUUGGUAAUACACCGAAAACUGAAGUAGAAGAAGAUGAUGUUUCUGAUCAAAGUAGUACUUCUGUUUUAGCAACUUUGGCUGCCUUAGCAGAAGCUACUUCAUCAAAUACAGCAUCUGCUACCACAGAGGCCUUGCAAUGGUUAGAAACACAUGGUAUAACUAUGUUCCCCAAUGAUAAUUCCACUCUUAUUGCUUCGGCAAUUGAAGGAGGACAGACUCUUUCAUUAACAGAGGCAGGAAGAUUAGCACUCACAUGGGUGAAAGAACAACAAAAUAUGGCGAAGAACCCAUCAGUUCCGCAAAACACGGAAAAUGCUCUCGGUUCCAAUGGUAUACAAAGUGUUUCGCCCAGUGGAAAUCAAAAAGUUAUUACUAUAUUAGCUGAUCAAGGUCAAUUACCUUCUAUUAUAAAUAAUUCUCCUCCAUCAUCUGUAGUGGUUGUGAGUGGAUCACAAAACAGAGGAAACUCUGAAGGAAACUGUAUAGAAUCACCUGCCAAGAGACUUAGGAAAGGAUCCCAACAGUCUUCAAUAAAAACAUACGGAAGGACAUCUAUGAAUAAUAUUGAAAAUGAAAAGGAAAAAUUACAGAGAGAACUAGAUGAAGCUCGAAGACAGGCGGAGAAAUACAAGACCCAGCUGCAACAGAAGGAACACGAAGCAGAGCAAUAUCGCAAACAACUAGAAGAAAUCCGGACAGCAAAAUGAGAAAAGGAUUAUAAUGUACACUUGUAAUAUUUAAAUAUCUGUAUAUAAUUUCAUUCUCAAAAUGUGCAAUUUCAUCACAAUCAUGAAUCAAAUAAAAUGCUGAUUAUUUUCAGAUAAUAGCUUUUUAAUCAUUUUGUCUUCUUAACUUAUAGUGCAUUUGCAAUGAAAUAUAUAUAUUUUGUAUCAAGAAUGAUUGAAUCAAGCAGUAAGAGAGA